AAGCACACUCCCGAGAUGGCUUCGAGAUAUGGCAAGAGGUGGUUUGGCCUGACACAGGAACUUUGUCUCUGGGCAGUGCACGGCCUCAUAUGCUGCGUGCCCGCCUUGACAUGUCGACAGAUUUUCGAGAUUGUACAGUCUCGACCGGUGAUGUUGGAUCUCCUCCUGGACAUCGCAAUGGUGCCUCGACCCGCUUUCUAUCCCGAAACUACUGCAGAUCAGAUAGCGGCCGAAAUUCUAGCAAUAAUACUUCAGCUGCCCCUGGGCUCAAUACCCGGUUUAGAGAUCCCUCUCCAGGACGCAAUGAAGGCAUCGUUUGAUGAUGAAUGGCAUGCGACCAUCUCUGUGGCGGGUCUCCUACUGGAGAGACCGCAAUGGCUGCCGAAGCUCCUCAAGAUAUGGAAGAGACUGGACAAGGAGCGAUUCUCAGAAUUGCAGGAGUAAGUGCAUCGCCCGGAACAGAC